CAAUCGACCCACGGCCAUUUCCUAUCCCGUCAACCACAUCAGGGCAAGCUGCCAAUCAGCACAAUCCAGCCAAAUCCACGCAACUACCAAAUCCCCUCCCGGAACCAACGAGAUGCUUUCAACCUCCAUUAGAGCAGCUCCGGCCGCACUGUCCCACCGAUCGCCGCUCCAAGAACCAUGCCCUGCUUGCUGCUUCCAGCUCCACGCCCUUGCUCGUGCUUAAUCGCCUCGGUGAGUCGGCCACCACACUGCAAAGAUCGGUUCCUGCCGCCCCGGACCGGGAGGCGGCCAAGGUUGCGGCUUGGCGUGCGCAUGGCCAAGAUGGCCAGGGACGAGAGCGGGGCCUCACCGGAGGUCGGCGUUUCCGGGGAGGUCGACGCGAUUCUGGGAGGGGAGGAGUCGCCUGGCGCGAGGCGGGAAGCGUCCCGGUGGGCACCCGUGGAGGCGGCGCUGAAUCGGAUGAGUAAAUGGCUGGUGGCUGGUUCUUUUGCUUUUGCAGCCCUUUGGAAGCAUGAUGCUGAAAUUAUGUGGGCUUUGAUCGGUGCUGUCGUCAACAGUCUGCUUUCACAAAUUCUUAAAAAGAUGCUCAACCAUGAAAGACCUGCAUCAGCUUUACGGUCUGAUCCUGGGAUGCCAUCAUCCCAUGCACAAUCCAUAUUCUAUGCUGCCACCAUCCUAGUUCUUUCAUUGUUCUACUGGCUUGGGACAAAUUAUCUGACUAUGAUUCUUGGGCCUGCAACUCUGUCAAUGGCCACCUAUCUAUCGUGGUUACGGGUGUCGCAGCGUCUUCAUACUCUAAACCAGGUUGUGGUGGGAGCUGCUGUAGGAUCUGCCUUGGGUGCUCUAUGGCUUCUGCUCUGGCAUUCGCUCGUGCAGGAGGCAUUUGCUUCUUCACUGUUGGUCAAGAUUGCAGUCAUCCUGGGGUCAGCAGUAUUUUGUGUUGGUUUUGUCAUCUACAUGAUUCGUCACUGGCUCGAGGAUGAGUAAUGGUACUUCAUAGCUGCAAUGGGAGAUUGAUUGAUAGGCACUAAACCAAUUUGGUUAAAGAUGGUUUUCACGUACCUUGGACGAUAGCAUUGGAAAUUAUUCUGAAAGGAGCUUCAUGAAUCUUCAAAUCAAAGUGAACAGACAGCAAAAUUUAGCAUUUUGUUUUUCCAAUUUGCCACUGCAGGGUAGUUACAACAUGGGUUCGUGUCAUAGCAAACAUUGAUCCUUCGCUUCUUCGGCAUUAUUCUUUUGCACUGAUUUCGGUUAAGACUGAACAGUACCAUCUCGUUGCUUCUACGCUGUUCUGAAAGAAAAAAUGAUCAUAAGAUUGUGAAAGAAAACUUUCACUGGGUGGUGAGUGCUA